AUGGUCAAAGAUCGACUUGAAGAGCUUAAGAACAGAGUGCGAAGAUCUGAUGAAGGUCAAAGUGUUAGUUUGAUGCAUUAUUAUUCUAUUAUCAAUGCGGCUGAACCAUUCAUGGACGAUUUUUUCAUUAGUUUAAAUGCGACUCGAAGUCACAUCCAACAAAUCUCCGAACUUGUUGAACAAGUUGGCCAGCUACAAAACAUCCUGCUGACCUCAGAUGUUACUCCAGGAAUAAAACAAGAACUUGAAAAAACCAUGACAGAAAUCAAACAAUCUGGCAAUGACAUUCGAAUGAAGUUAAAACACAUGAAAGAAGUACAAGAAAUGGAUUCUACUUGUAAACGAAGAAACGUUCGUCAGCGCAUCAUGGAUGGACAGAUUGACGCGUGUAUAAAAUAUUUUUGUGCAAUAAUGGGUCGUUACUACGAAUUAGUUGUUACUUAUCGCAAGCAAUGCAAAACACGACUUGUUCGUCAAUUAGAAAUCGCAAAUAUCAGCAGAACGGACGAGGAAGUAGAAGAAAUCCUGGCAAAAGGUCAUGCAACUCUAUUUCCUGAAGUUAUUAUUGAAUUGCAAGAUGCCCGACAAAAUCUGGUUGAUAUGAAAGCCCGUCAUGAGAAUCUCAACACGCUUGAGAACGAUAUUGAACAAUUGCGUGACAUGUUUUUGGACUUAACUUACUUAAUUUAUUUUCAAACUGAACAAGUUCAUUCCAUUGAAGAGGCAGUUCUCAAUGCGGAAUUGGAUAUCGAACCGUUCAGCCGAUCACUAUAUCCAAAACAAAAAACCGAUGUGUCGUCGUUAAAGUUUUCUCGAAAGAAAUAUCUUUCAUCAAUAGUGAAAGUCUUUUCAAAGCUAUUCGCGACAUGUCUAUGCUCAAGCAGAUUAGCUUGUUCUUAA